AGCCUAGAAUGUGGAUAAAAAAAGGUUCAAAAGCUUAUGUUGAGCUGUCUUCGAUUGUUGAGUCCAAGUAUCUCAUGAGAGAUAUUGGAAAACUCAGUUAUCAGAAGCAGACUUCAUCCAUCGAAGGUUUCCACCGAGUGGUGAUUCUUUUUGCACCAAAACAUACCCAUUUUUUCUACAGAUCAAUGGAAGCAAGAUUGUUUAUUGCUGCUCUUCAUUUCAAUGAGAAUGGAAAUAAACCUCAGAAAACGAAGAAUGGUGGGCAAACAGAAGAGGCAUUGAUUUGGAGAGUGGCUUAUUCAAAGUCAAAAGAAGGACAAGGGGUCAUCAAACCAGUGAAAGUUGACAGCACUUAUGGAUAUGUUAAGGACUUGAUGAAAGAAGUUUUGUACUGCAGACGCAUUAAUCCAACACUGUCCAAAGCUCUUGAUGUCGCUGGAGUGAAAGAGAUUCCUGUCCCAUUGACUCACCACAAAAAAUCAGCAAAGCUGAAGCCAUUAAGCAACAUGGCUUUAAUAAAUAAAAAGAAAUAA